GCUGGUCACCUAUGUAUCUUCCUUCCCAAGUUUCACUGUGAACUGAACUUUAUUGAGUACUUCUGGGGAGCUACAAAAUGGUAUCUGCACAGUCAUUGCAACUAUACAUUCACUUCACUUCAGAUAAACAUGCCACAAGCUUUGGCAUCAGUUGAUGUUCACACCAUUUGGAAAUGGGAACAUCAGACAAAGUGGUGGAUGGAGGCUUAUAGAACUGGACUGGGAGCAUGGGAUGCACAAUUUCAGGUGCAAGCAUUCAGCUCGAGGUGA